AAGAGUGGGCUAGAGUAGCGAGAGCGAGCGCAUUGAUUGGAGGCGGUGUGUGUGUGUGUCUGUGUGCGUGUGUGUGAGAGAGAGAGAGAGAGAGAGAAGGCUAUAUGGUGAGACAUCAUUAGAUGCGCUGCCGCAAUGCACCUACAGUAGGGAUUUAUCGAAAAGGUAGCUAAAUCUGCGGAUCAAUUUGUUUUUAAGAGACCUUAUUGAGUUCCCACCUGCUACUAUCAAACUGAAGAGGUUUCUGUUUUUCCAACAAACGAACUGCGUUGUUACAACGUCGCUACUAUUCAGGAGUAAGGCCUUAACCUGUGCCCAUCUUCCUUGAGGUUUGAGACGGAUUGUGAAAUUCUUCCAGACCUCAGGAUGCAUAUGAAUAGCUUAUUGAAUCAAUGGACCGACAUCCCGACGAUGUGCGAGGUGGACGUGUCCUCGGAGCCCAGCAGCCCCACGCUGUACGGCGAAUCCUCCGACACCUACUACCACGUGGACCGCUGGCAGAAGCUGCGCACCGCCGUCCGCAAGCUGGAAUUCUGGGAAAACUUCACUUCCGAGCUCAUCGGGAGCGGCUUCUUCUCCAAAGUCUACAAGGUCAUGCAUAGCACGACGAGGAAGGUGAUGGUGGUGAAGAUCUAUAAAAAUGACGUGGACCAGGACAGCAUCGUGAGAGAGAUCAGCCUCCUGCAGAAACUCUCGCACCCCAACAUUGUCCGGUACCUGGGCAUCUGUGUGAAGGAAGAUAAGCUCUAUCCAAUACUAGAGUACGUAAGCGGGGGCUGUCUGGAGGAGCUCCUGGCCAGGAAGGACGUGCCGCUCAGCUGGCGCGAGAAGGUGGACCUGGCGUCUGACAUCACGCGGGGGAUGAUCUACCUGCACUACAAAAACAUCUACCACAGGGACCUCAACUCCAAGAACUGCCUGAUCAGGGUAACACCGCGGGGGAGGGAGGCCCUGGUGACGGAUUUCGGGCUGGCCCGGGAGGUGGUGGAGCUCCCCGCUAAGGACCCCGACAGGAAGCUGUCCCUGGUGGGCUCUGCCUUCUGGAUGGCCCCAGAGAUGCUGAGAGGGGAACCCUACGACCGCAAGGUGGACGUCUUCUCCUUCGGGAUCGUGCUCUGUGAGAUACUGGCCCGGAUUCCAGCCGACCCCGAAAUCCUCCCGAGGACCCAGGACUAUGGUCUGGACGUGACGGCGUUUCGGGAAAUGGUGACUGGGUGCCCGCCUCGCGUGCUGGAGCUGGCCGCCAGCUGUUGCCUGAUGGAUGCUUUUCGACGGCCUUCCUUCACGGAGCUUCUGGAUGAGCUGGAGGAGAUCUCAGAGACUCUGGAACCCCCAAAUGCAGAGCUGACCACUGGCUGAGGGGCUCUCCACAUGCCAUUCUCCCCACACCCCUCCCAAAACCAGGGACCCCUUGAUUUGGACCGCUGAAAAGAUCUCUACAUCAGCAGAUCAGAGAUGGGGAAGGUCUUUCAUUGGCAGGACAUAGAUGUCCUGUAGUAGAUGUGGAACCAAAAUUCUGGACCACCACAGUAUGUGCAUGCGUGCGUGCGCGCACAUGCACACAUGCAUGGGUUCAACCAUGUAUGCAUGCUAGACUAUGCUCCUGGGAAUCACAAGGUUCAAUCUACAGUCACAGAAGUGGUGGACUUCUUUUUUUUCUUUUGCCUCCCAUGCCCCAACAUCUGAAACAUAUUUUUGCCAUCUAAAAAGAAUGACCAAAUUAACACAAAUCUUGAGUGAAAUUUAUGUUUUGGCACCAGGUUUAUGAUCAUCGGUAGUGGCUGAUGACGAAGGACACACUGUUUUUGAAGAAUGUUUAAGAAUGGCUUUUUAAUUAUUCUUUGUUUCUUUGUUUAAUUGUAUUAUUAUUAUCCUGUUAAAUAUUAUAUUGAACUGUGUGUUUAUUUAGCAACUGAUGAUACAGGCACUUUUCUGUUGAUAUGUAUGUAUUUUUUUCAUUCCUUUUUCCAUUGUGUGUUUUUGUAAUUGUUGUUGAUAUUGUUUUUCAUGAUUGCCUUUCAUUGGCAGAAUAGGGACAUGUUAUAUUAGCCAAUGGGGAUUUUUAAAUGCAGUGGGUUUUUAAAACGUGCUGCUAUCUCACUGGUGAUUACUGAAUGAGUUGGCCACUAAGCUCAACUGUACGGACACUGUGUUCUUUGAUUUCCCUAUAUGAGAAAAGACAACGGCUGUCAUGGCGCCUGGAGUAAGCACACCUUGAAUGGUUCAUUCAUUUAUUUAGUUUUUCCUCAAUAGGUUUUUUCAUAUCAGCCAUUUUAAUUCCCCAUCGAUCGUGUGUGUUUGUAGAAUAGAUUCAGAUUUGAUAUUGCCUGAAAUUUUCCUUUAACCAGGUCAAAUGUGGCAGCAACCAUCUUAAAUGCUGCAGCAACUCAGUAAUCCAGAUUUAGUAUGAACAUUGGCUUCAUUUCAGUCCUUUGUGUUCUCGGUCACUACUUCUUGCUCCAUAGUCAUAGAUAUAUAUAUAUAUAUAUGUGUGUGUGUGUGUCUGUCUGUGUGUGUGUGUCUGCCUGUGUGCGUGUGUGUGUGUGUGUGUGUAAAUAGUUUGGUUGUGCAGAGUGGUUGUCUCAUAACGUAAACAAUUUGGCUAUUGUUGAUCACUGGUGCCACGCCUAUUCCUCACAUUUUAAGAGCCAGUGAGCUUUCUGAGAAGUUUCACGCUUUUUCCUGAGUUGAUGGGGAUUUUAUUUUAAAAGAUUUUCACUGUAUAUUGACUUUAUGGGGUCCUCUUCUGGUGAGAGGUUGGUUCUCAACAGUGGCAUAAAAAGCAUCUGUGGGCGUUCAGUUGUGUGGACCACUUGGAGAAGCACAGAUGGGUUGUGGAAACAGGGAUUGGACAGCACUGGAACCAAUGGAGUGAGACCUGAGGUAGAUGCAGGAUAGAGAGGUUGGGAAAGAGAAACAUAAAAAACAAGACAAGUGCCUGACCAAGGCAUAGCACAUAAUGUGUCAUUUAUUCAACUGAGAUAUGUAUUUUCAGAGUUGGAAUUGUGAGUACGUAUUUCUGCACCCACUGCAUUGCAUAACUGCACAGCCAAACUGUGGUGGUCCAAGGAGCUCUGACAACCUUGUGUCUUUUUUUUUUAAAUCUUAAAAAUAAUUUUAUUUUGCUUUUUUGUACUCUGACAUGUUCCAGUGUGGGCCACGCAGACCGGUCGGUCAGAUGUUGCUGAUCACAGAGGAAUCAAUGUUCUUUCUCAGGAUCUUAAAAAAAAAUUUAAAACCUUUAAUGGAAGCCGAGUUCAGCACAAGUUCUGGGGAGUCACUGUUUGUUUCUUGGCUUGUUGAUUUAUGUGACUAAUGCUUAUGCAUACCAAGACAAUGAAAAAAAAAAAAAAAAAAAUUUAUCACCUUUUUACUAAAACCUGUCUUUUCACAUCAUUUCAAAGUUGCAAACAUGGUCUUAUGAUGUGAAAAGAAAGGCAUUUCUCCAAUAAAUGGCUUAAGGGAAAAUGCUGACAGAAAAACAGCACUUGGUUCUCUGUGAAAUGGAGGUAAGAAGGUCCCUCAAAUAUCUUGACAUGUAGCAUUUAUAGUGGCAGAGUUUGGGCGAUGAUAUGGGGUUGUCACUCAGGUGAAAAUCACAUUGGUAUGGAAACGCUGUUAUUUUAGAUACAUUUCUAAAGUUCUUCAGUAGUGUGACACUUCUUGUAACUUAAUUUAAUCACACAGUUGGAAGACCACAUUCCACGUUGAGGGUAAUGUGUGUAACAAGCAUACACACCACCGUCUGUAAGCAGGCCUGGAAUGGGUCAGACUACAGGCAGUAAUGUAUAUGCUAGCACACUGCAACCAUUAAGAAAUGCUAUAGAUGUAUAAACUGCAAUGAUUCAUCCUGUGGGACAACUUUGAAAGAUGUUGUCCAUCCAUAAAGGUCAUGUCUUUACAAGUAGUGACCUUUAUUCAAUUUCCUGGAGGCAAAUGUUUGUGAAUUGUAUAAACUCAACAUGUGUUCUCUAUAUGGGCUAAUUGUCUGUAUUUCUGUGUGCUUCUUGUUAUGAAAACAGUCUCCUCUCAAUGGAGACAGUUAUGCAUUUUGUCAAGGUUCAUGCUGAGUUGUAGUUCUCAAGUAGUCACAAGACCAAUUUGUACUUUUCGCUAACAAAACAAAACUAUAUAGAUGGCCCAUAACUGAAUGAUUAGAUGCCCACAAACAGAUUUGGGAAUGUGUUCUAGAUACAUUUCCAAUAUAAAAUGUGUGUGUGUCCGAGUGGGAGAAGGGGGUUGUGGCAGGCAGAGUAAACAGAUUCACAAUUAGUGUUGCAAAAUAUUAAUAUUAUUUGUUUUACCACCUGAAAGUCUAUUUUUAUUUAAAAUUCUAAGUUUAUUUUUACACAGACAUGACCGUGAAACUACAAUGCUGCCAAAUAGUUAUUUUCAAUUCACCAACGCAUGUUUCGCAUCACCCGAUGAACAUUUUCAUAUGGUUUUGUGUACUGGUAAUGUAAAUGCCUCUGAUACUACCAGCAGCAUUGAGAGCGGUUUGCUUUCAUGUUGUUACCUGGCAACUUUGAGUGUCACUGUUACUGCUUGAUCCUGCUAAUUGAAAUUCAUAUUUGCUACAUUUAUGUGGAAAUACACUUCAGAGAAUGCAGUUCACUAUGUGCUCAUUGCUGAGGGGCUUGAUGUUCAACCAAACCUUUGUGUCAACUGUUAGCCUUGGGCUAAUACAUUUAUGAACAUUAUACGCUUUCAUCAGCCUAAAUAAGCAAUAACAAACUUUUUAAAUUAUGUUACAUAGGAAAUGCAAUGAAGAACAUAAAUUCUCAUGUGGGCAAAAAUGUGAACCCUUAACAGCUAAGAUGUCUGUUAACCAGGUGGUUGACACAUGCAUAUGAAGUAGCUUAAGCUAAGUAAGAAAAGCUAAGCAAGACGUUCUAUGUGUAACUGUAACACACAUAAUCAGUUUAUUUCUCUAAAAACACUCAUUGCGAACUCAAUGUCAUGUUUCUCCAUCUAAGGAGUGGGUUUCUUUUCCUUUUUGAGAAUCUUUUUCUGUAGAGUUAUUUUCAUUUUGGAUAUUGGAUAGUUGACAAUUAUUCAAAACAGUGUGAUGGGGGCUGUGCUAAGGGACCAUUUCUAAAGUGCACAGAGAAAUAAUUUAUCAUUAAUAUCUCUAUAAAUACUUGUCAACAACAUCCCAUCCAUUCGUUAGGCAGAUUAAAACCCAA